ACAAUAUUUGAGUGAGUCUGAAACUCACUCAAUCACUUCCACCUGCUGAGCCAUAAAAAGAUAGCUAUAUAUAUAUGUAUAUAUAGUCAGUGGGGCAGUCAGUGUGUUAUACUUAAAAACCUUUGUUAAGAAUUAGAAGGAGGGGGGAGAAAAUGAUGAUAGUAAUUGGGAGGUCAAUGCGUCCGAAGCGGAGGGCGGUUUCAUCGAUGUUGGAUCUCCUCCAACAACCACCUACCCUCCACCGCUCCUUCUUCUCUUCUUUGUCGGCGGCUGCUUUGGAAGCUGACCGAACCAUCCGACAUGGUCCCAGAAAUGAUUGGCAAAGACACGAGAUUAAAUCCAUCUACGAUUCUCCUCUUCUCGAUCUCCUCUUUCACGGAGCUCAAGUUCAUAGACAUGCUCAAAAUUUUAGGGAAGUUCAGCAAUGUACACUUUUAUCUAUAAAGACAGGCGGAUGUAGUGAGGAUUGUUCGUAUUGCCCUCAAUCUUCUAGGUAUGAUACUGGAGUGAAAGCCCAAAAACUUAUGAAUAAAGAUGCUGUUAUUGAAGCAGCACAAAAGGCUAAAGAGGCUGGUAGCACUCGGUUUUGUAUGGGUGCCGCUUGGAGAGACACCAUAGGAAGGAAGACCAACUUUAGUCAAAUCCUUGAAUAUGUGAAAGAAAUAAGGGGUAUGGGAAUGGAGGUUUGUUGUACCUUGGGAAUGAUAGAAAAGCAGCAAGCCUUAGAACUGAAGAAAGCAGGCCUUACAGCUUACAACCAUAAUCUUGAUACAUCAAGAGAGUAUUACCCAAAUGUCAUUACGACAAGAACUUAUGACGAACGCCUGGAAACCAUCAAGCAUGUUCGUGAAGCAGGGAUUAAUGUUUGUUCGGGAGGAAUAAUAGGGCUUGGUGAAGCCGAAGAGGACAGGGUUGGUUUGUUGCAUACAUUAGCAACACUCCCCUCGCACCCAGAGAGUGUUCCAAUCAAUGCGCUUCUUGCAGUGAAAGGCACACCUUUGGAAAAUCAGAAGGAGGUUGAAAUAUGGGAGAUGAUACGGAUGAUUGCUACUGCCCGCAUUACAAUGCCAAAGGCAAUGGUGAGGCUAUCUGCCGGCAGAGUGAAGUUUUCAGUCCCAGAGCAAGCAUUGUGUUUUCUUGCUGGUGCAAACUCCAUAUUUACUGGUGAGAAGCUGUUGACGACUCCCAACAAUGAUUUUGAUGCCGAUCAAUCUAUGUUUAAACUGCUUGGACUAAUCCCUAAACCCCCUAGCUUCUCGGAUGAUGCUGGCGAGACUGAACCCCAUGAAGAGGCUGUUUCUAGUGCUGCAUGAUUUAUCAUGAUAUUCCUGAACAAACAUCUUGUAUCUUUUUUAGAAAAUUUAAUGAUGUAGGUAGAUCCAUUAUUACUAAAGGUGAUGAUUUGUGGCUUAGCCGACAUUUGAUCAGGGAUAAUGAGUACGUGUAUUUUUUAUUUAUUUUUUUAUGAUUUUAGAACUGCAAGCACGGACCAGGUCGCAGCAAGAACACUUGAAUUGAUAGAUCCUCUUUCUUAUGGUGAUUUUGUGUA